AUGGCUGAGAUCCGUCGCAAGCUCGUCAUCGUUGGCGAUGGUGCCUGCGGUAAGACCUGUCUGCUCAUUGUUUUCUCGAAGGGCACCUUCCCUGAGGUUUACGUCCCCACCGUCUUCGAGAACUAUGUUGCCGAUGUCGAGGUUGAUGGCAAGCACGUCGAGCUCGCUCUUUGGGAUACUGCUGGUCAAGAAGAUUACGACCGUCUCCGUCCCUUGUCAUACCCAGAUUCUCACGUUAUUUUGAUCUGUUUCGCCGUCGACUCUCCCGAUUCUCUCGACAACGUCCAGGAGAAGUGGAUUUCCGAAGUUUUGCACUUCUGCCAGGGUCUCCCCAUCAUCCUCGUUGGUUGCAAGAAGGAUUUGCGCAACGACCCCAAGACUAUUGAGGAGCUCAACAAGACCUCCCAGAGCCCCGUCACUGCCGAGCAGGGUGAGGAGAUCCGCAAGAAGAUCGGUGCUUACAAGUACCUUGAGUGCUCUGCCCGAACCAACGAGGGUGUCCGUGAGGUCUUCGAGUCUGCCACUCGCGCCGCUCUGAUGAAGGUUGGCAAGGGCAAGAGGGGUGGCGACAAGGAGGGAGGCAAAAAGAAGUGCUUGAUCCUGUAA